CACACACACACGCACACACACACACAGACAUCAUGGACAUUCAGUUUGAGGAGCCCGCGUUGACGGGCAGUUACGAUGUGGUGGGCUCGUUUCCUAAAAGUUUCGGCUACGGGGUGGAGGAGGCAGACAUGGAGGAGAGCUCCACAUCAGCUGACAAGCCGAGGAUACUGCUGAUGGGAUUGAGGCGGAGCGGGAAGUCAUCCAUUCAGAAGGUUGUAUUCCACAAGAUGUCACCCAAUGAGACGUUAUUCCUUGAGAGCACCAACAAAAUCUACAAAGACGACAUCUCCAGCAGCUCCUUUGUCAACUUCCAGAUCUGGGACUUUCCUGGCCAGGUGGAUUUCUUUGACCCCACGUUUGACAGUGAGAUGAUUUUUAAGGGAACCGGCGCUUUGAUCUUUGUCAUUGAUGCUCAGGACGACUACGUGGAGGCUCUUGGGCGGCUACAUCUCACUGUGUCUCGAGCCUACAAAGUGAAUCCAGACAUCAACUUUGAGGUGUUCAUCCAUAAAGUUGACGGUCUAUCAGAUGACCACAAAAUAGAAACACAAAGAGACAUUCAUCAGAGAGCUAAUGAUGAUCUGGCUGAUGCCAGCCUGGAAAAGCUUCACCUCAGCUUCUACCUAACCAGCAUCUACGACCACUCCAUAUUCGAGGCCUUCAGUAAAGUCGUCCAGAAGCUCAUUCCUCAGUUACCAACGUUGGAGAACCUUUUGAACAUUUUUAUCUCUCAUUCUGGGAUCGAGAAAGCUUUCCUCUUUGAUGUUGUUAGCAAGAUUUACAUCGCCACCGACAGCUCUCCUGUGGACAUGCAGUCCUACGAACUCUGCUGUGAUAUGAUAGAUGUUGUCAUUGAUGUCUCCUGCAUUUAUGGGCUGAUGCAGGAUGGCAGUGGCUGUGCCUAUGACAAGGAGUCUUUGGCUAUUAUCAAGCUUAACAACACCACAGUGCUUUAUUUGAAAGAGGUCACAAAGUUCCUCGCUCUUGUCUGCAUCCUCCGAGAGGAGAGCUUUGAGAGGAAAGGUUUGAUAGAGUACAAUUUUCAUUGUUUCCGAAAAGCCAUCCAUGAAGUGUUUGAAGUUGGCACUUCACCACAAGGCGUCAGCUCGUCCAGCAGCAGCCUGACAGGCCUGAAGUACGCCACGCUGAACGGAAGUGCUGUGUAAAGAGCACAGGAGAGACGAGGGACGAGCGGCUUUCUUUGGUUUGCCUGAUGUGCAGCGAGGCUAAGCAAUGUUGCCUUACUGUGUGAAGCAGAAUGUGAAUCAGUUGGAGAAUCUGAGCUGCAGUAUUACAGGUGACAUGCCAAAAAAAGACUCAACCAGGGUCCCUACUGUCUGCACAUUUAGCAGUAUUGAAAUAUUUCAGAAUUCUGUCAGCUCUGUUUACCUUCUCUGCCAGUUCAUUCUGUGUAUUCUGCAACAUAGUACCUUGUGGUCCACUUAAGAACUCAACUGAGUCAAGCUCCAACUGUAUUUCCAGUAACUACGCUUUACAUUCUCCACUAGGACAAACUUCUUUCAUGCUCCUGCUCAUUUUACUUUGAAAUAUUGAGUGCUGUAAGUGGACUUAAUCCCCUGUAUGAAGAAAGCAGUGCAGUGUUUGUUCUACAGUGUGUUUUCUGUUGAUAAUGACUCAUGUGACCAGAGACUGGUGGUCUGCUCAGGAUCUCCACAGACCAGAACUGUGCCAGUUCCACCAUUAGAGCCUUGGUUGAUGGACAGAGUGGGCGACAGCAUGUUGGUCCUAAUGGAGUCUGGAAAUAAGUGAUGAUGCGUUUCACUGGGACAGUCUGCCACGCCUGCUGACUUUUUCUACAUCCAUGAACAUGUCAACCAAACUUACUUCACAGAUUCAGUUUGUAGCAGCUGUUUUGCUUUUCACUACGAGUGUUGAGUGGGACCUGAAUAGUAUUUCAGAAACCCUGAGGAUUUGUUUUGAAUGAUUGUACAUAAUACUUAAAUAAAAUUUCAUAUUUUGCAGACUCA